GAGAGACACAAAAAAAUAAAAAAAAAAAAAUCUAAUUAAAAGAGUGUUUCCGUUUUCAUCGCAACGUAUAGGGAAGAGAGGAGAGACGCGAGGAAACAGAAAGGGAAAACACAACAAAAAAAAUAAUUCCAUUAUCGAUCCUUUCAGCUUUGUUCUCAAAGGGUUGAUCGGAAGCGCUAGGCUUUGUGAGGAAGACAAAUGGCGAAUCGAAUAGACCAUGAGUACGAUUACUUGUUCAAGAUCGUCCUCAUCGGCGACUCCGGUGUCGGCAAAUCCAACAUCCUCUCCAGAUUCACCCGAAACGAGUUCUGCCUCGAAUCCAAAUCCACCAUCGGCGUUGAAUUCGCCACCAGGACUCUACAGGUUGAAGGCAAAACAGUGAAGGCUCAGAUUUGGGACACGGCAGGGCAAGAGCGUUACCGAGCCAUCACGAGCGCGUACUACAGAGGAGCCGUCGGUGCUCUCCUCGUCUACGACAUCACCAAGAGACAGACCUUCGAGAACGUCCUGAGGUGGCUACGCGAGCUCAGGGACCAUGCCGAUUCCAACAUUGUGAUCAUGAUGGCUGGGAACAAAUCAGAUCUAAACCACCUGAGAUCCGUUGCCGACGAAGAUGGUCGGUCUCUAGCUGAGAAGGAAGGUUUGUCGUUUCUCGAGACGUCUGCUUUGGAGGCGAGUAACAUCGAGAAAGCGUUUCAGACGAUUUUAUCUGAGAUUUAUCAUAUCAUAAGCAAGAAGGCGUUGGCGGCGCAAGAAGCUGCGGGUAAUCUUCAGGUUCCGGGGCAAGGUACUGCCAUUAACAUAACGGAUUCGUCUGUGGCUAAGAGUAAAGGAUGCUGUUCUACCUAGUAAUGACUAAUCAAAUUAGUCACACGUUUCAUUUCAUGAAACUCUCUCUUUUGAUCUUUUUAACAUUUUUUUUUUUUGGUUAUUGGCUUAAUUUCAGCAAGUAUAGCGUAUAGCUUUUUGCUUCCAAGUCUAUUUUAUUUUUUGGAUUUAUGUUACAGAUUGAAGCUUGUUUAGCUGUAUUGAAACUGUGAUCAUUCCACAGUAUUUCCCAGAAAGGAAGAUCUUUGUUUCUUUA